AUGACGAUCAAUUUGGAUACUGGGCAAGCAUAUGAUCCAGCUCCUAGUACCUAUAGUUAUGACUGGGGCAAUUAUUCGACUCAGUACUUUCAAACCCAGAUUCCAGAGCAGCAUGGAUACUUCCAAUCUCAAGGCUAUCAACCCCAACAGCAGUAUGAGAAUACACAGCAACAGGCUAUUGAGCAUCCUCAGUGUUAUAAUUCAGAUUGGAUGGAUUAUAAAAAUUUCAUGUAUGGGGGCGAGAAACAACAAUUGAUUCAAUCUUUUUCAGCAUAUCAGAUGCCACAAGGAUUUCAGGAUGGUUCUAUGUCCACAUGGUCACAUUCAGUCCAGCAGAUCGAUCCAGUACCUUGGGGAACAUUUCAAGAGAGCACUGAAGAAGUUCAUGUCCCUAGUCCAUCAGAAUUUCAAGAUUUGCAGGAUGUUAUACAGCAAAUGCAACAACAACAAGAGACAUAUAUCUAG